AAACCAAAGUUAGGGCCGUUAGGGUUCACGCUGCCAUGGAUUGGAUGCAGACCGAGCCCGGCUUUUGGCCUUGCCUGGACUUUGAUGUGCAGGUGCCGCUGGGCUUCUCUCAGGCGGCCAGGAGCGCCAAGGCCGCUCUGAACCCAGAGGCCGCCGAGUUUGUGCCUGGCCGUGCUGCGCUUGAGUGGCGCCGUUGCCUGCGGCUCUGCGAGCGAAGGUCGCUGCCGCUUCCGCCUUUCCAGGCGCUGAAGCUGGCCAGGAGGUUUGAAGCCGCUGCGGCGUCGGCCAUCCAACAGCACUGGCGCCAGCACCGCGUCUCGCGGACUUGUUUUUCAGGUUUGGAGCGCGCUCAAGAAGGCCCGGCUGCGCGAGCGCGGGCUGCGCCCUCACGGCAGCGGCGGCGGCGCGGUGGGCGCACGCAGAGCGCGCACCAAACGAGGACACCUUGGCCAAAAGGAGUGUGGGAGGCGACCAAAGCCGCAAGGCCUGAGCCGAUCCCGAGCGAGGCUCCGAAGGCACGGAAAGAGGGCGGCAGGUCCCGCAGCCAGCCGGCGCGGUGGGUGCCUAAGCAAGGUGGAACACCGGCUCCAGAGUGAAGGAGUCGCGAAGAGAAACACGCGUGAGGUGAAGCAUUGCAGCCGACUCGCCAGCGAA